GUAAUGCACAAAUGAAAACUGAACAUGUACAAAUAGCUCGAAACGGGAAGGAUGUCGCAGUUCAACUGUUUCGGACAGCAAGUGCCUCAGGCGACACCCUGGAUCCCCUUGACGCUGCACAGUCAUUUAACAACUGGUCACGGUCAAUGGGGCAUAGAAACGGAGGCUGUUGAACACGUUCAGGGCGCGCUCGUCAGCGAAGCGCAGGGUGCGCUCAGCAGCCCGGUGCAGACAGAGGAUGCUAUUCAAAUGUGUGUCGACUCAGGUUCUCCGAAAGCGGCCCGGAAAGCUGCCGAGCGGAGACGGAAGGGGGCAUCGGCGCCGCGCCCACAACAGUUGCAGCUGAACAGCUUACACGCAAAGCUGGAUCAGCUGAGGGAGCAGUACAAGGCCGCUGAGACGGAGAACAAGCGCCUGAAAGACCGGCUGAUGUUGAUGGAAGUGGUGCUGCCGACACGCGAGCAGCAAGCCAGGAUAGCGGCAGCGGGUGCGGCCGGCAGCAGCGGCACCUUGUCGCAGCCGCAGACGGCGAGGCCUGCGGCCGAUGCCGAUGAAGCGGCCAAUGCGGAGCCGCGGGCGCGCUCCUUUGGGCCCGUGAGCGGCCUGGGUCAGGAGGAGCUGGGGCAACAGCCAGCGCUAGAGUUUGGGCUGGGGUCGAUCUGCAGCGGACCUGGCGUUGGCCGGGCUCACAGACCCCACUCCUGCAGCUACAGCCACACCACCACCUCGAACCCAGAUGGCGCCAGCUCUCCGUCCGCCUGCACGGUGAGCGGCAGCGGCCAAGCCGCCAACAAGCGGGCCGGAGAGGAGGCAGCUUGCGCACAGAGCCGGCCGCCGCACGAGCACCAGAAGCCGCCACAGCCGUGGCGGCAGCCACAACAGCCGCGGCUGCAGCUCGGCCCCCCUCCACCCAUCGGCACACGAACGGAGGUCAACCGCGCAGCACCCCAGCUGCAGCCGCAGCAGGCCCUGCCUGGCCACCCUGCUAUCACUGCUGCAGCUGCUGCAGCCCCAGCUGCCGCUAGGCCUGAUUCUGUAGCCGCCGCGACCGCGGCGUCAGGGCGGGGGCCAGAGGCGGCACCACAGGGCAGCGGCGAGCUGUCGGCGGCGUGGCGGGCGCUGUGGUUGAGCUGGGUGCGGGACGCGGCGCUGCUGGUUGUGGCGCACGACGCCCGGCCCCGUGACCACUGGCUGCGGCAGCUGGACGUGGCGUGUACGCAGCUCAAGACGCGGGUGGUGCAGCUGGGGCUGAAGCACCCCGAACUCAUUGCAGACGACAUGCCGCAGCUAAACCUGGACACGGGGCGACUGCAGGAGCCGCCGGAGGGGCACUGGCGGCCAGUGGCACUGGCGAUGCGAGCCACGCCCGCGCAGGUGUCGGCCUGCCGCGCGGCUCUGGCGCUGUACCGCGAGCGCAUGGAGGUGGUGAUGGCGGAGCGCAGCCGCCUCACAGAGCGACUGGCAGACAGCAUGGCCGGGCUGAGGCUGGGGACAGAGCAUGAGGGAUGGCUGCAGGUGGCCGCCAGCAACGUCGAGAAAACGUCUGUAGAGGCGGCGGCGGCGGCAGCGGGGCUCGACGAGAACGUGGCCGCAGAAGGGCGCGCCACCAAAAUUGCCAAGGACCUGCUGAGCAGCGACAUGUUCACGCCGCUGCAGUGCGCCCGCGGCAGUGUGGCCAGCUACCCCUACUUCCCAGACGCUCUGGCAAUCAUUACGGAGGUGGCCAGGCUGCACGAGGCAGGCCAGCCGGCGGCGGCGGCGCUGCAGCAGCUGCCAUCGGCGUGGCGGGCACAAUGAGCCUGCCGAAUGUUGUCGAUCGUGUGCGGUUUGCAUGUUGAGCUCCAAGUACCAUACUGCUUGUUGAUUGAAUAAUUUGCAUGGCCAAAGGCCAUCCCCGUACGGUCGCGGUGGGGUUGGCAGGCAUUUGGUUACCAGCACUUGCCGCCAAUGCUAACUAGGAAACGAUUACAUGUGCUGCAUGUGCUACACCUGCACCAUGUUACCGGGCUGCCUGGUGUGUCUGUGCGUUAAUUAUUGCUGAGUUUGCAAGGAACGGCGCAGCUGUGUGGUUGGCUGUCCUUGUUGGCAACUACCACAUGUCGCAAUCGAACGUAAUGGAUACGCACAUGCCACGUCUGAGCGCGGUGCCAGCGCACACCGGCGCGUUUGGAACACAAUCCGUAGGAGUCCUCGAACCAAGAAUGAACGUGUCACAGGGUUCUUCGGUGCCUGUCUUCGCAGAACUGCUUCUAGGUGGUCAAAUGGGUAUGGAGGCCACGACUCAGUUUCUUGUACUUGCUACCAUUGUGAGCAGGGCACACGCAGUCAAUAAAUCGUAACCCGUUGCUUGUUCAGCCAUUCCAUGGUUCCAAUGUGUAACCGGACCGUCGUGUGGGCAUGUCGCACCCAUGGAGGGCACUGUAAACUGCAGGCAGUCGACAGUACCGUACUUAUUGCAGCGUCAGGGCUUGUGUUUUUGUGGAUGCGGAUUCUUACACCGUUUACCGUUGUACCGGCCAACAGGGCCCGGGCCGCCUCGCCCGCCAUUUGGUGCGUGUGUGGUUUUUGAGGUGAGAGUUCAUUGACGGACGAGGCAGGACUGGAUGGGGUGCAUAUCUUACCUGGGGUUUCGAGGGGUGGAGGCCCCUGGAGCUCUAGGAGCUGGUUGUUCGGCUGUGCCUGUUAUGCCGUGUUUGCCGAGCACACCGCUGCCGUGCUGCCAUGAUGUGUGAGGAGCACAAGGAGGGAAACACGCAGCCGUGCUGUGUGUGUGUGGUGUGUGUGUGUGGUGUGUGUGUGGUGUGUGUGUGUGUGUGUGUGUGUGUAUGUGUGUGUGUGUAGGGUGUGACGCAUUCACAGUCAUGCCGCCAUUCAAUUGUGAACAUGCAGCGCAGUAGCGCUCCCUCGCCAGCGGCUAGUCGCUGGCGCACCAGGUUACGGCUCCGCGGGUGGGCACCUUGCCCUGACGGCUGGAGGGGCUGUUCGCGCCCCUCCCCUGUAAAGUAAGGAGGCGCGUUCUCUCGCCAGUCACGCCGCUUUCCCACACCUGGCACGACGCUUAGCUGGCCGCAGCAUGCAGGGGUUGACCCUUAGCUAAGCACCCGGAAAUCCGGAAUGCAGGCCUGCAGCUGUGAACAAGUGACUGACAAUGCCAGCUAAACUGUCUUGCCUCCAAACCUGCACCUGUGAACCUGCCCCAUUUUGUUGGCCAAGCUAUAAUUUAACAUGUUACGUGUGGCAAUGGGCAACU